AGAAAAGGGCAGGUGUUAAAAAUUUAACUGUCGCUUUGUUGUGCUCUUAAUAUUUUCCCAAAUUUCUUGAAUUAAAUCACGAAAAAAGUGUAUUUUCUAAAGUAAGUCGUCUAAAGAAGUGUUUAGUGAAAUUAUUUAAAGUUAAAUAAUCACAAAAAUCUGCGAAAGAACAAAUAAAAAGAAUUGUGAAAUAAACAAUGGCAUGCAUUCUGAGUCCAAACAACAAACGUCGUCGGGAGUCUGAUAAUUUUGGAUCUCUAUCUUCUCAUCACGUCUUCCCGGAUAUGGAGACAAAAUCUAUUGCUGAUCUACUUACUCAGAGAGUCAUGGAAAAUCCCUAUGAAGUAGUGAGGAAGCCUCCCAAGAAGAAGAAAAAAGAUGAGCCACUUGCUUGUUUUGACAAUGAAGCUCUCAAUCUCAAUACUCCUGAAAAGCAAUUUAAUCCCUUCGAGGUCAAGCGAUCGGAGUGCGAAAUGCCUGUCCAGGCAGUUUCCUACGUGAAUCUGGGAUUGAAUUUGAAAGCUCCUGAGAGCGCAAGUGUGAAGAAUCCAUUUGAAAUUGUUCGCUCUGGUGAUGAAGAGUCUCCCCGGGAUCCCCAAGAGGGCAUAGAAAAUCCAGCAAUGGACUUACCCUGUCCUCUGGCCAUUGCAGUCCCAUUCACACCAUCUGUGAACCGUCGAAUUGCUUUCCAUGACGCUAAAACACCUCCAAACUCAAUGACUCCCUCAGAGAUGCUGUCCAAGACUCUCAGAUUCACUCCAGAAACUACCAAUGCAACUCCUAGACGUUCUCUACGGAAGAACCUCUCAACAAUCAGUGAAGAAGCCCUAAAUAUUGACGAUGAGCUGGAUUGUUAUCAGCUGGAGUUGGAGAAUAGCAUAAAUGAAGCAAAAUCUGUGAACAGGAAAUACUUUUCGGAUCUCCGGAAGGGCGUUGUUAAGAAAGAAGCUGUAAAGGUGCAUCAUUUAUCCACUGAGCCUGACGUUGUCUAUGAGGGAGAUGAAAAUUCAGAGGAAAAUCCUUCGACUGAGGAUGAUUUCGCCUUCCGAAAUCCUCAACCCUUCCAGCGAGCCUAUCGACGUCCUGGGCAACUGGUGUCCACAAAAGGCAGCACUAAAGAAUCCACAGAUACCAAAAGUUCAAUCAGACGCAGCAUCCGAAAACUUGCCAGUAUUGCAAAGAUACCAAAGAAAUCCACAGAUGAGAAUCAGGAAAAUCCCAGUGAAGAAAACCCUGUGAAGUCCGAAAGGGUCACCGGCAACAAGCUGAUGGCCUCCAUUCGGCAAAGUCUCAGACGGAAGCGCAAAAUUCCGCAGGAGCAACAAAUUAUCCAGCAAGAAAUACUAAAUUCCACGAUAAUUGAAAACGACAACCGGAGAGUUUUCAGGGAAAUUCAAGAGCCCGCAAAUCCUUUCGGCAGACGGAACAGCUUGAGACGCUCAACCAGGCAAGUCCUAAAAAAUGUUUUCAAGAAGAAUGUGGAAGGAUACGAGCUGGGCAUUGCCACUAAUUGAUAAACAGGAUUAUUUUUAUGUGAAUUUAAGGAAAUAAUAUUGUUGAAAAAAAAGUAGUUGAAAAUUAGUUUUAGGAUUGAGGAAAAUUUCCGGGAGCACCUUAACUUUUUUUUAAGGCUGAUUUAUUAAUUCGCGAAAAACUCUUAAGUAAACAUUUUAAUUCUCCUACAACAUUAUCUUGCCAUUUUGCAAAUGUUUAAUCUAUUUUUGCAUUAUUCUAUUGAAAGGAAAUUAGAAAAUUAUUCACUGAUUUCUGGAUAAUUUUUUAUACAAAAAUUUUUGCUGAAGAAAAUGUGUAAAAUAGUCGCAAAUAUUAUUAAUGCAAAAGAAAAAACAAA